AAUUUAUGAUCGCGAUCCCACUGAUUGCAGUCGUCACAUAACGUCACUGUUUGCGCACUCGCACUGUAUAUUUGUACACUUCGCGAUCUGUGUGUAUUUCACGUACGCGCAUUGAUAUUAUAUACGUUUUUUCCGUAUCCACGUCCGUGUGGUAACCAAUAGAAGUUAAUUAUCAGUCUACCGGACGCGAUUGUAUCGUAUCCGUGCAUAACUUAAAUUGUCUUUUAUCCGGCGAGUACCGUUUUUCGGUAGGCGCAUUGUUUUCUGUUGUACGUUUCCGGUCGCAAGCACCAUUAACCGUUGAUGGUAUCCCGUUCAAGAACGAAUAUAUUUAUACUUUUAUUAUGACCGAGGUGGUCAGAGGUGAUGAGGCUGGACCACCGGCGGAUAACGAGGUAAAACAUUUUAUUAUAUUAUUAUUCCGUAUUCCGUACUUUGGUAGGUAUUGUUUACGAUUUACUCUCUAUUCGCUUAAGCCUGGUAAUCAUCUCCCCUUCCUCACAUUUAGAGUUUGUUUAAUUUGCUACCACGUUCUUUUUGGUGGCCAACGCCUUGAUCUUGUACGGUCUUGUGCAUUUUCCCAUGAAUGAUCUCCCACGACUUAUUCGUUUUAAAAUUUAUCUAUUAUCUUAGUUUUAUGGACCACUUAAUAAUUCUUUAAUAUAGUAUAAUUGCGUAAUGCAAUUGAUUAUACAUGAUAUUAUCUUGGUACCUAUAUAAUAUUAAUUUUUAAUACCUGUGAGUAAUUCUUAUAAAAGUGAUCAGUAAUCACACACCAAUUAUAGAACAAAUUUAACAUUCCUGUACCUAAUCCUCUAUAAAUAUAAAAGAAGCUCAACAAUAUGUAAAUUCCCUCUUACUAAAAUAAAACUGGGAUUCAUAUCUCAACAUCAAAUUUUCUGUUUGGAUUAUAUUCUAAUUUGUAGGUUCUUUAUGCUUUUAUAAUAAAUAGGUAAGUAAAUAUUAGUAGGUAUCUUGGUACUAAGAUUAAAAAAAAGUGCUUACGUUUAUUUAUAAUGGAUAUUUGUUAAGACUUAAUAACUCUGCUACAGACUCAGAUAUCUGCUAUAAACAUUAUAUAAUAUUAUCUUAGCCUGUGGACUGUAACACUGUUUAUUGGUUACAUAUGAAUAUUUAUCUAGCUUGUAAUUUGAGUUAUUAUAACUAGAUUACUUUAUACCUUGAGAAAAAUAAUCAACUAAAUAAAUUAGUGACAAAUUCUAAAAACAAUUUGCUAACAUUGUAACUACCUCAUAAUUUUAAUUUAAUUAAAAGUUACUUAGCGUGAUUGUUUUAUACAUUAUUCAUAUUUUAUUAAUACCUAAUCAAUUAAUAUUUAUUUAGGUAGGUACUUAAUCUAGUUAUAAAUUUAUUUUAUUUUAAAAUAAAAUAACUUAUCUGACCAUCUAAAAUAUUAGAUACCUAAAUAAUAAAUUGGUAUCAUAUUUAAAAAAAAAAAAAAAAAACUGGUUGAAUAGUUUUUUAAUAAUAGUAAUAGGUUAUUAUAAUAUAUUUAAAUUUAAAAAUUUGGUUUUGGGGUGUCGACCUAUAUUCAAAAUAUCAAGUAUCUAAGUGCCAUACAGGUGUACCCCACAGGCAAGCAAAUAUUCUUUAUUUUACCUUAUUACCUACUUAUUUAAAAACUAAAGAAUAAUAAAAUAUAUUUAAUAUACCUACAGCUAUUUAAUUUUUUUAAAUUUUUUUUUUUUUUUUUUAAGGGCGGUGAUGUGGAACCACAGGGUGAACAACCACCACCUCAGCAAGGGCGGUUUAAUAUGAUUUUUGGAGUAGUGAAGACAUUAAUUGUUCGAUCUUUAAUAAUCUAUUUUAUUACAUCGAUGUUUAAAAAACCAACUACCAAUGUACUUCCUGAUGGCAGUGUCACUCCUACUGUCGAUUCAGUGCCACAUAUCAAUCUCUUUGAAUAUGGUACUAAUUUUGUAAGGAUCUGAUGAUUUUUAUUUGAUUAACAUUAUUUGGUAUUAGUGGGACUAUAUUAAAUUUUAUUUGUUUUUCCAUCCUAUUUAGGGCAUGUAUGUUUAUCUAUCAGAAAACAGUUAUUAUUCAGAAAUAGAUGAAAAGGAACUCAUUUGGAAAAAAACUGAUUUAGUGUAUGGAGAUUGGAAUUCAGGUCCCAAUUAUGAUGGUACUUAUUCUGUGCAAACAUCAUUUAUUCCAUCAAAGGUACUAAACAGAGUAUUCAAUUAGCUUAUUAUAGUUAGGUUAAUUUAAUAUGCAUUUUGUUUUUCAGAACUUACAAAACAAUGGAUCGAUUUAUUUACAUGUCUUUUUCAUUAAAAAUAAAAAUCAAAAUAUGAGUAAACAUGAUCCUUAUGUCGUUUACGCAUCAAAACAAUUAAAUAAGUUUAAAAAAGUAAAAUUUAUGAAAACUCAUAACUUACUUACUGGUGAGACAUCAGCAACUCCAGAACAAAUCGCAGUAAGAAGAAUAAUUGUUUAACAUUUUUAUAUUAAUGAUUUAAUUUUGUAAGAAGUUGUAGUCUAAAUUAAUAUAUUUUAAAUUAACUACUGUUGUCAAUGUAAUAAUUAAUAAUUAUUAAUUGAUUUUAUUUUAUAUUUGUCUACAUAACAGAAAGCUGAAAAAGUAGAGACUGAAAUAGUAUCACAUUGGCAUCCAAAUCUUACAAUUUGUUUAGUAACAGAUCAAACAAAUUGGACUAAAGGAUCUCUUCCCCAACCAUUCAGCGACUGUUAGUAAAAAUAUAAUAAAGUACCUUAGUAAAUAAUAAUAUUUUGUUUCUUAAUUUUAUUAAUUAAAAUUAUUUUGCAGAUCUAGAAUUUUUACCAGAUCAUCGCUAUAAACCAAUGGUAUAUUUUAAUGAUUUCUGGAAUAUGCUUAGAGAUUAUCAACCAAUUAAUGAAACUGUAAAGUAAGUACUAACAAUGUAAUUCUUAAUAUUUCAAAAUUUAAUAUGUAUACAAUUAUUAUUUUACUUACAGGCAAUUGGAUUUAACAUUAACAUUCCAGCCAUUAUCAUUGUUUAAAUGGCAAAUGUUUUCAGCUCAGACUAUGCGAAAUAAAUGGACUGCUGGAAUCUUAGGUGAUUCCUUUGGUUCAGAUGCUACUGAAGAUGAUCAAGAUCAAGAUUCAUUGAAAGAAGCAUUGUUAGAGACAUCCCCUUAUAUUUUAGCCGCAACAAUUAUUGUAUCAAUAUUGCAUAGUGUUUUUGAGUUGUUGGCUUUCAAAAACGGUAAUAUAUAAUUAUCUUUUUUAAAUAUAUUGUACUUAUCUUCUAAAUAAACUUAACUUUGGAAUAACUAUUUCAAGAUAUUCAAUUUUGGAAGGAGCGUAAGUCAUUAGAAGGUUUAUCUGUACGCGCAGUAUUCUUCAAUGUUUUCCAAUCUGUAAUUGUAUUGUUGUAUGUACUUGAUAAUGAUACAAAUACAAUCAUUCGUAUUAGUUGUUUUGUGGGUUUGUGUAUAGAAUGUUGGAAAAUCAACAAGGUAAAAUAUUCAUAAUAUUUCAGUUUUUUAUAGAAAUAAUUUAUACAUAUUUUAAAUAUUUUAGGUAGUCGAUAUAAAGAGGGACCCAGAGACACCUUGGCAUUACGGGUUUAUUCCGAAUAUUUCGUUUAAGGAAAAAGUAUCGUAUGCCGAAUCCAGUACUAAGGAGUAUGAUCGAUUGGCAUUCAAAUAUUUAUCAUGGGUUCUGUUUCCUCUUCUUGCCGCAUACGCAAUCUAUUCACUAGUAUACGAAGAACAUAAAGGAUGGUAUUCUUGGGUGCUCAACAUGUUAUACGGUUUUCUAUUAAUGUUCGGUAAGCUUGUUAUAUAUAAGAAAGUAUUUCUUUAUUCUACUAAACAUUUUACUCUAUGUAUACAGGUUUUAUAACAAUGACUCCUCAAUUAUUCAUUAAUUACAAACUCAAAUCUGUAGCUCAUCUUCCUUGGCGAAUGAUGUCCUAUAAAUGUUUGAAUACAUUUAUCGAUGAUAUAUUUGCAUUUGUUAUCAAAAUGCCAACAAUGUAUCGUUUGGGUUGUUUUAGAGAUGGCAAGUGAAAUUUUAAUUACAUUAUUAUUGAAGCAUUCCUCAUGUUAAAUUGUCAUUUAUUUUUUUUAUUUUUAGAUGUUGUAUUUUUCAUCUUUCUGUACCAAAGAUGGAUAUACAGAGUAGAUCCUACCAGAGUAAAUGAAUUUGGAUAUGCCGCUGAACCGAUUGAAGAAGAGACGACACCACAAGCCAUUGAAGAAAAGAAAACUGAAGAUGACAAAAAGAAUGAUUAGUAAAAUUUGUAACAGUCAGUUGCUUUAUUUCGUUCCAUUACAAUUUUAUUUUUAUUAAACAAAAACUAUAUAUAUAUAUAUAUAAUUUAUAUAUAUUCAUAAUGUUCUGCUCUAGCAAUUUAAUUAUCGUAAAAGAAAUGUGUUUGUGUACGGUUAUAUCAAUAAGUGGUUGUUUUUUUUUGUUAUUUUAGUUUUUGUUAAAGGGUACGGCACCUAAUUUUUAAAAAAUAUUGAAGGUUAAUGAAGGUAAUAUGAGUUAAGUGUAUUAUUUGUUUUUGUUUUAUGUUGUUAUAUAAGGGGCUUGGAAGUUCAUGUGUUAAAUGUGUUUAAUUUAAUUUUCGGAAAAACUCUAAAUCAAUUGAUUAGUAAUAAUAAAACCAAACAAAAUAGUCUUUAUAAGUAUUUCAUUUUUAAUUCUGUUAAUUUAUUUUAGAUGGAUGUUUACUCCAUUUUGUUUUAAUAUAAGUUUACUUUGUUUUAAUUUAUAAGUAUUUUAUAAAAUAUUUAAAACCUUUUGUUUUUUCUUAGUUAAAUAUUUUUUCAUUUAACUAUACAAUAAUAUGGAUUGUUAAAAACUUAUUCCAUUAUCGAUUCACUGAGAGAAUAUGAUGGACAGAAAAAAUUGCUUUCUUAUCCAUUACUUUUCAUAAUUAUUCAUGUUACAAUUUGACAAUAAGCUAAGAGCAAAUAAAUUUGAUGUAAUAUGCUGUGUUGUGCAUUCAAAUUCUCUUUUUGACCGUAGGAUCAAAGUUACUUUUACUGUUUUUUAAUACUUUGAACGUCCAUGCCCUGGUAUGUAAUUGCAAUAUUGUUAGUAAAAUUUUGUUGUAAAAUUAUAGUUAAUUCAUCAAAGCUAAACUUGAUGAGUAUUGAAAAGAUUGAUUAACAUUAGUCAGUUACAUUAUAAUUAUGUAUUAGAUAUAGUUUCCAACAUUUAUAGAAUAAACUGUCAUGGACAUUUUUAUAAUUACUCAGUUUACAGUAUAAUAUUUGUAUAUUUACUAUUCGUCUAAAUUUUAUUACUUGCGAGUAAUAUCAAAUGAUCGUCAGUAUUUUUUAAUUAAUGAUAUUAUUAUUGUUAAUUUACAAAAGAAAACAAUGUAUUUUAUAAAACCGAAUUGAAAAUAAACAAACAUUUUACAAUCUUAUAAUAUUCUGACUUAAAUAGUUUUCAACUUUUUUAAAAACUACCUACCUAUAUAGUUUAAUCAACUUGGUAUAAUUGUAGUAGCAGUAUAAAAAUAUAAUAUAUCAGGUCAUCAAAUUAAAUUUUGACGUUAUUUAUUAAUUAUUUGUAACGUUAAUUUACCAAAAUAAUAUUCCAUUGACUUACAUUAUUAUUGCUUACAAUUUUGAAUUUGUUAAUAAAACUUAAUAUUUAUGAAAAAUGCUUUGUAUUAUUUUUAUAUUUUAUGAAUAUUAAAAUUUUAAUGAAGAAAAAUUUAUUAAAUGAUUUUAACAUGUAUAAUAAUAUCCUAAAUAUUUAGUACUAAAUAGUUAUUAAACAUUAAAUAAUAUUAUGUUAUAUUGUUACAUGUCUUAAUAAUAACAAUAAUUGUGAUAUAUUAUUACUUAAAUUACUUAUAUUAUUCUCGAUAGCUGUGUUACUUUACGUAAGUUAUAUAUUAUAUGAUUUGUGACUGCUUUAAAUAUAAUUAUUACAAUAAUAUUGAAACUAAAAUAAUACCACUAAAAAUGUAUACAUAAAUAUAUAUAUAUAUAUUUAAACUCAAUGAUUGUUAUAAAUUACAAAGGUACCUUAUACUCAGUCUCAGAGGAGAAAGUACACGUUUUUUCGUCUGUUGCUGUACUACUUUUGCUUAUGAUUUUAUGCGAUUUUGCACGCCACUUAAAAGGUAAGGAGUGGGAGAAAUUCCAUCUCUGCUCUCACUGUUGCGCAGAGCGUAUACCUUCUCCCAUGAAACUGAGUAUAGAAACGGAUUUUCACUAUAAGAAUUUUUUAUCUGUUGUACCUUAAUGUUUAUUUACAAAUUAUGAGCACGAUACAUUUUGCGUGUCAUUAAUCAUUAUUAGUAAUAUAUUAUGAAAUAAUUUGUAAUAAUUAUUGAUUGAAAUUCAAGGAAAAUGUAUAAAUAUUUGUUCGUCUAAUAGUAUUUUGUUUAAGUUUUACAAAAGGAAAACACAUUUAAACCCUAUUAAAUAAUUGCUGUAGUGCCAAAUUAUCAACUUAG